CACACUAUUGCAUUUGCCUAUACAAUAAAAUAAAAGGUUGCUUUGGUUUUUGAAAUUUUUAAAUAACGAGGAAUUUAAAGCAAUGAAACCCGAUUCCAUUGGCAAAUGGAUUGUUUGCCGGGUCUGCCUGAACAGUGCCAGUGAUGGAGAAUACCUGCUGCAAGAUAUAUUUAGCCAGAAUGCCAGCACUCGUCUUGACCAGAUGCUGUACAUUUGUGCUGGGAUCCCAGUAAGCAUCGAUGACAAUUUCCCGGACAAGAUGUGUAGCAAAUGUGUGAGCUGCUUGCGCCAGGCUUAUAAAUUUCGUUUAGCCUGCCAGCGAUCAUAUCAGCACAUCAUGGAUUUGUUUGCCAGCGAGGAGACCAACAGCAGCAGUAGCAAAAAUUCCAAUACCUUGGAAACGAAGAAUUUUAUCAAGUUGUUACAUGAGGAAUCGGAUCAAUUGGAACAAGUCAAAAUGGAGAUAGUUCCGUUGCAGCAACAACAACAACAACAUGAAGAAAUUAUAGUUAGCUAUGUGGAGGAGGCAUUGGUAGAGGAGCAGGAGGAGGAAGAGGAAGAAGAUGUUGACCAGGCAUAUGAGAUGGAUGAUGAUGAUGAUUUUGUGGUGUAUGACAAAAAUCAAACUGUUGUAAGUGUUGAAGAAGCCUUUCAGGAGCAUGCAGAAGUGGAAGAAUAUGAAGAAGUUGAAGUAUUAUCUCCUGAAGCUACCUCUAGCUUUAUAGUUUCGGUUAAAUUAGAGGGCGGUAAUAAUGUAAUAGAGGAAGUUGCAAGCAACGAGGACGAUGAUAGUAAUUCCUCAAAGCCUGCCUUCGUUGGUCGCACAAGUGCCAAGCCAAAAUUACUAAGUCUGCGAGGGCAACAUAAUGAUGAAGUGCAGCAGGCACAGCCUGUCAAAAAAUUGGGUCGUAAGCAAAAGGAAAAGCUAUCGAAUUAUAUCUGUGAUGUAUGCGCUAAUAUAUAUCCCACACAAGCCCGCCUUACUGAGCAUAUGAAAUUCCAUUCUGGCGUCAAACCUCAUGAAUGCGAAAUAUGUGGUCGUGGUUUUGUCCAAAAUCAACAGCUAGUGCGUCACAUGAAUACCCACACCGGAAAUCGGCCAUACAAAUGUAAUUAUUGUCCUGCUGCCUUUGCGGAUCGUUCCACAAAGACCAAACAUCAUCGAAUUCACACCAAAGAACGCCCCUAUGAAUGUGAUGUGUGCUUUAGAACUUUUAGCUAUUCGGAUAAUUUAAAAUUUCACAAAAUGAUCCACACCGGCGAGAAACCUCAUGUUUGCGAUCUUUGUGGCAAGGGAUUUGUCAAAGCGUACAAAAUGCGUCUGCAUCGUGUGACUCAUGAAAAACGAGGUCCUUGCAAACCAUCAACAAAUCCAGCCACUCCUGAUGAUAUCAAAGAUGAAAUGUCUACAUUUGUUAGCACUUAAAAUAGGUUUCUUAGAUAAGACAAAAGUUUAGGUUUAUAGUUUAGAGUGUAAGUGAAAUCAAUAUAUUUAAGAUGAAUAGAAAAAUUUGUUUUAUUAGCUUAAGAUUCUUCACUUAUAGCUGAUCUUUGUCAGUCUAUUUACGGCAUAUAAUUUGACUAAAUCUCAACAAUAAUAAAAUUCUUAAUUAUAUUUA